CACAUUUUAACACUUUGACCGAAGCAGGACGAUGUUUUAGGUCAACAAAAGUCAGACGUGUCUGAGAACUACAUUUCCCAGGAUCCUCUGCGCGGCGAGGGCGGGACCGGCAGGGACUGAGGCUUUAUAAACAACAGAAACAGGUCAGCAGCUGCGUGUGAAUCAGAGAUACUGACGAGACACCGGCGAACUCUUACAGGACGUGAGCGAGUUAAAGGGAGACACUGUCGUGGUCACUGGCAGCGGGUGAACUCUCAGUUAGUGUGUGAGUGUGUUUGUGACUGUGUUUGUGUGUCUGUGUGUUUGUGAGUGUGUGUCUGUGUGUGUUUGUGACUGUAUGUGUGUGUGUGUGUAUGCAUACAUAAACAAAGCCGCUGCAGGACACUGACAGACUGACACUGUGCGCGCGCGCGUGCGCGUGUGUAUGUGUCUGAUUAUUAGGAGCAGACACAGUCAGAGUUAUGGCAAUUAAUAAGUCCCGGGUGGCUAUAGGGUUUAUAGUCGCCGGUGUGUUGGCCGUGGUCUUCGGGACCGUCCUCACGUUUGUGGGACCGUUAAUCAUCGACGACCAAAUAGUCAAGAACACGGUGAUUGACCCAAAUAAUGACAUGUCCUACACCAUGUGGAGGGACAUCCCCGUGCCCUUCUUCAUGUCUGUCUACUUUUUCAACAUCCUCAACCCUCAGGAGUUACUGAAAGGAGAAAAACCAAUGGUGGAGCAGCGCGGACCUUAUGUGUACAGAAAACGCUGUCAGAAAGACAACAUCACAUUUCAUGCCAAUGAUACCGUGUCGUACCUAGAAUACAGAUCGUAUUUCUUCGAGCCUUCCAUGUCGGCAGGGAAUGAGUCUGAUGUUGUGACGAUACCUAACAUGUUGGUGCUGGGUGCAGCGAUAAUGAUGGAAAACCAGCCGUACCUCGUACGCUUAAUGAUCAGCGCCACGUUCAAAAAAUUCAAGGAGGGGCCCUUUCUGACCAAGAGUGUUGGGGAGCUGAUGUGGGGCUAUGACAGUGAACUGGUGGAGUUCCUGAAUAGUUACUUUCCUGGCAUGCUGCCCUCAACGGGAAAGUUUGGCCUUUUUGCUGAAUUCAACAACUCCAACACUGGUCUGUUCACCAUCUUCACCGGGCAGAACGACAUCAGGAAGGCUCAUAAAGUAGAUUCAUGGAAUGGCCUGACAGAGCAAACGGGUGUCCCUCUCAACGUGUCCAUCCGUCUGCAGCUCAACCUCUACAUGAAGAAAGUGUCAGGAAUUACAGAAACUAGCAAGAUUUCUGAGGUGGUGAUGCCCAUGAUCUGGUUUGAAGAGAGUGGUUAUAUAGACGGACCUAUCCUCACCACAUUCCACACAAACCUGGUUAUUCUGCCUGCUGUGAUGGAGUACAUGCAGUACGGGUUCAUAGCGCUUGGUCUGCUGACGAUAAUAAUUGCCUUCCUUGUGCACCAUCGAGCCAGGGUAAAGCUCCCUCACAGCAUGAUGUGACAUUGUUUUAACUGCAUGCAGCAUGUUGUCACACACACACACACACUUCUGCAUGUUCUCCCAGAAAGCAUAGGGAAAAAGGGGCAGGACAGACUGAAGAUACUGACGGAUAACAAAAGACCAUUACCACUAUCCAUUAAUAAUGAUUCCUUGCAAUGCCAAGCCACAAAUUAGUAUUUCUUUCCCAUGUUAUGUCUGGAGCUCUGUAGAAUAUACUUCAAUAAAGUGUGUUUUGCUACAA